GACAAGGGGAAGAAACUGCCUCCAAACAUUGAUGAAAACGCAGAGGAGGGAGAUGUGUCUGAUGAGGACAGUGCUGAUGAGAUGGAGGAUGACUGCAAGCUGAUCAAUGGAGAUACGUCAGCCAACAGGAAGCAGGUGGAGAACAUGGCUAAGAAAAAGCUGGACAACUUGAUGAAGGAGUCCAAGAUCCGAGACAGAGAGGACCCGGACAGUUUCACAAUCACAGCCCUCCCUCCUGCUGGGCAGCUCACAGAUAAACCCAGCAGCAAGGGUAAAAGUAAGGAUGGGAUCAACACCGCAGAUGUGGCUAAUCCUACCAGCAGUAACAAGCGCACGGGUCGCUCCUUCAUAGAGAGCUUCUCUAAAUGCAAGAAAAAGGCAUCCAAGCUGAAAAAGACGUCAAGCUUUGAAGACACAGACACAGACCAAGAAAGCACAAGUGGCACUUCCCGCGCUCCACUGCAUCAUAGCAAAAAGAAGAAGACCAUGAAGCUGUCCAGAGCUCUGUCAGAUCUGGUCAAGUACACACGGUCUGUGGGUCUCUAUGACAUUGAGGCACAAGCUUACUGUGGCUGGCAGGUGUCGUCUCUGAGUGAGACCAAAGCCCACCAGGUGAUGCAGCAGAAGGCGACGGCUUUCAUUCAGUUCAACCAGCGGCAGCUGACACGUAUCUAUCCUUCUUCUUACCGUGUGGACUCCUCCAACUUCAACCCUCAGCCCUUCUGGAAUGCUGGUUGUCAGCUUGUUGCACUAAACUACCAGUCUGAAGGCCGGGUCCUCCAGCUCAACAGAGCCAAAUUCUACAGCAACGGCAACUGUGGCUACAUCCUCAAACCUGCCAGCAUGUGUGAAGGUGCCUUUAACCCCAAUUUGGAGGACCCAAUGCCCGGUAAGAUGAAGAAACAGCUGGUUUUAAAAGUCAUUAGUGGACAACAGCUGCCCAAACCCAAAGACUCCAUGCUGGGAGACAGAGGAGAGAUCAUCGAUCCCUUCGUGGAGGUGGAGAUCAUUGGUCUCCCAGUGGAUUGCUGCAAGGAACAGACCAGAGUAGUGGAUGAUAACGGGUUCAAUCCAAUGUGGGAGGAGACCCUGGUGUUCACGGUCCACAUGCCUGAGCUGGCCCUGAUUCGUUUCCUCGUGUGGGAUCAUGACCCCAUUGGCCAGGACUUCAUCGGCCAGCGUACCAUUGCCUUUAACAGCAUGAUGCCAGGUAAGACACGCUAUCGCCAUGUGUACUUGGAAGGUAUGGAGGAGGCUUCCAUCUUUGUUCAUGUGGCUGUGAAUGACAUCACCGGUAAGGCCAGAGCAGCCAGCGGCAUAAAAGGGCUGUUUCACAGAAACCCAAAGCAGGCUUCCCUGGACAGCCAUGCUGCUGUACAGCAUGGCCGUAAGCACCCGUUUGGGGCCCAUCUGCUGCGCCGCACUGCCAGUGCACCUACCAAAGGUCAGCCCAAAAUCAAGAAAGGCUUCCCAGACAUCACCAUUGACACCAAAGACUACAGCUCAGAAGGCGCUAGUGAAGAACAAGAGUCUUGUGACAGGGAAAAGGCCUCUGUUGCCACCUCUCAUGAGUUCACACCAGCACAACACCACAAUGGAGAUUCACUGGCAUCCCACCAACCCAAGGGCCCCUGGGACCAUCCUGACACCAAUUUUCAACCUGAGGACGGUAAAGACUGUUCUACAGUGCACAGACCAAAUGCCCCUCUUCCAUAUCUUGCACUAAGCUCAGAAAACGCAGAGAGCAUCCAUUCUGUCCGCCCUGCCUCCACUCCAGAAGACUGUCUGUCUUCACAUCACUCCACAUUUACACUGCUGCGUUCUUCAUCCGCAUCAGUAAAUGCAGACUACCUGCUGUCCGUUCCUUCAAAUAAGAUGGUACACAGUCCAAUCAAAGUUAGCAGGGAUGCUAAGAAAUCUACAUUCCCUGCUGAGAAAUCUGUACUGUCAGAGUACAGUAAAGACCCAAAAACCAACAAAAGCACUCAUUUUUAUAUGAGGCACAAACCAAUGGCUGAAAAGAGAAGUGGUUCAACAGAGUUAAAAUCUGAUAAAAAAGCAGAGCUGCCUCUUGUUUCAGCAGCGUCUGCUGGAACCCCUGCAGUCCUUCCAGUUCACACAGCCCAGACCAGGAGUGCUCUUUUUAGCUAUGAGCCAUCACACACACCAGUAAGAAGAACAGAAAGUCAGGGCCAUGUUCGAGGGGGUGUAACCUCAGCUAGUUCAGCCCAGUCAAAAGUACCAGAGGUCUGUAGAGAUGUUACUGUGAAUGACCAUCUUUGGUGGAAGCUGGACCCAGGCAACCACCGUGACAGCAUGUCUUCCUCCUCUAGCAUCUCUUCAAGUGACAGUGUCAUUGACCUCUCACUGCCUAACCUGGCCAGAAGAAGCCUCACCAGUCUGUCUACAGCCACCAGUACCUGCAACCUCUCCUGGGUCAACUGUCACGACUCUGCAUUAGUCUGCUAUGAUGCUCUGGAAGUCAGCAAGAAGAAGUCUAACUCCAGUCUUCAGGAAAACGAGUGCCCCAGAGAUGAGCUUAAUCCCCUCCUGCUGCAGCCAGCCCAGGGAGCAUUGGUAAAUUCAACCAGCAGACUCACUCAAAGGAGGCACACCCGGAGCCAGCUCUAUACAGAGGGACUCAAGCAGUCUUCAAACAAAAGGGCUCCAACAGCUACAGCUUCCAUGUCCAAAAGCCUUGGGGAUCUAACCUCUGAUGACAAGUACUGCAGCAUCAGCUGCAGUUUCACUGUUAGCCCAACCCAAGGCCAGCUGUACAAGGGUCGUCCACAGAAGUCAGCUAGUGACUUGACAGAACAGCUACGGAAGCUGACUGAUGUGAAGCCCCCGACUGUUAGUGAUUCUGCUCAUCAAAAUAGGCCUAGACAGUUACUAGAAGAGCCAGUGGAUGAGACCCUGGUGCACAGGACCUCCUCCAGGAGCCAAAGCAGAGUGUGGUACAUUGCAAACUGGGCCAAGAAGGCCCAGGAAAGGGUGAAGGUUCAAAGCCUGGUCCAGGGUAGAAAAGCAAGCUUUAGCCUUACUGGUAGCAUUGGCAAUGGAAGUAGUGUUAGCCCCAUCGAGGAGCGGGGGAUCCCUGAAGGCGCGUGUUGUUGCAGCAGCCUGGACCUGCUGAGUCCGCAUGCCCCCGUUGGAUCACCCUCCCUUAUACAGUCCCAGUCCUUUCAUGACCCUGAAAACAGUCAAGUCUUUUUCUUGCUCAAACUCUAAGAACUGGCAAACUUGGAAGUGAGCAUGAGACACACAGCCAGAAAUUAGUUUGGAAUAACUUUCCUCCAACAGAAAACUUCCUUUUACAUAUCUUGCAGAAUACUGGAAAGGAAAACGGUUCCACUAAUUAGUAAUCCGUGAACAACCUAAUGUAAUUUAUCUGACAUCUAAAGGUUGUAAAAGAUCAUUUUCUUAACCCUGUGCAAUCAGAAACCAUUCUCGUGAAGCAUCAAUCUAUCAGUUUUCUUCCGCUUAUCCAAUUCAGGAUCGCCGGGGGGGGGGUCUGCAACCUGUCCCAGCUGCCACAGGGCAAGAGGCAGGGAAGUAGUUCUUUGAAAAGCAACAAGAACUGACAUCUGUUUGCACAAAAUGUUAGAUAUUUGCCAGAAUGUAUUUAGUGACAAAUACCAGGAUUUCUUUUAUGUUGACUGUCAUCUGCUGUCGUGUUUGAGUAUUUUCGGAGCAUUACAGUAGCAAUAGAGCUGACCUAGAGGACAGGAUUUUAAAUAUUGUUUUUCUUUACUUGAACAGGAAUGAUAAACUUUGACUGUGUUCAGUUACAUACUUUAAGUUUAGGCAUUAUUAAAAUCCACUAGCAAUAUUUUUAAAUUGAUGGCAUGGUAUCAUUGUUGAAGAUAAUGUACAGUUUGAUGCUAAAAGCUGAGGCUUGUCUUAUGUCUUUGCUGAAAAAAUGGAAAGGAGUAAUUCCUACAAUGCAGGAUUAACAGUCUUUUCUUUGUGUAGUGGUUACAUUGUAAUUUGACUGAGCUGCCAAUAUUAUGCUUUCUGAUCUGUGGCAUGUCACAGCAUUUAGCUGCUGUGUUUUAAAGAGUGCUGUACUACUCCGUACCAAGUUUUAGCUCUUUUAUGUUGACUGCAUGUCUUUUAUGCAUUGUAAUGUUUAUCCUAAUGCUGUACUGUAUUUUACAAAGAAUUUUUAUAUGAAAACUUAUUAAUACUCCAAACUCUUUUUUAUUAUCUAAUGGUGGUCACAAUGGCAUCAUGUCUGAAACAUGGUGUUCUCAGUAGUCUGUGAUGCUAAAACAAGAUGGAAAUGAUCCAUGUUGUAGCUCGUUUAUUCAUCGGCCUGCUGUAUUGUUUGCCCUGCCAUGCCAGUUGUUUGUCCAAAAUGUUAGGCACAAUAUGUAAUUUAGACAGUGUGCAAUAAU